UGGUUCUCUACUCGCGGUUGCAGCUAUCCCGAAACCAUCUUUGAUAGUGGCAGCCUAUACGCCAGCUACUUUUGAUACUUGGGAUAUUUAAACAAUUCCAUAUCGCCAUUACGCUGAUAGAUACUUUCUUGUGCAUUGCGUUUUCGUCCAUACCUCUCAUCCUUUUCAAAAUGAAGUCUGCUGUACUUUCAUUCGUUGCCACCUCUCUAUUGGCUUUGCCAGCUCUUGUUUCUGCACAAUUAUCUGGUACCGUUGGUCCUACCACAAGCACUGCUUCUAAGGCUGCUAAGAAAAUAUGUAAUAUUCUUGACUAUGGAGGUGUUGCUUCUGCUACUACCGACAACGGUCCUGCUAUUUCGAGUGCCUGGACUGCAUGUAAAUCUGGAGGUGAAGGUAGGAUAUUUGCCAUAUGCUUAGUAUUUGUGCAGUUACUGACUAUCUCAAGUCUAUAUUCCUUCUGGAAGCUAUGGUCUAGACACUUGGGUCACCCUCACUGGAGGAACUGGCGUGUCUAUUAACUUGGAAGGAACAAUUUAUCGAACUGGGUACGAAAUCACCUCAUUGAUCAACUAAUCGUGACACCUAUUGACAUGUAUUCUUGCUAGAACUGCUGGAGGGAACAUGAUAUUCGUCGAGCACACAACCGAUUUCGAAUUUUACAGUGGUAACUCUAAGGGUGCUAUCCAGGGUUACGGCUAUGUCUUUCAUUCAGGUUAGUAAUCCAACAUUCAAGCAUUUGAAUUUGCGAAGGUAUGGUAUAUGGUCUGGUUUUGUCUCACCGCCCGUCGCCCGCAACAAUUAAUUUGGUUGGUGGUAUGAUCAAGGCGGUGAGACAAGAAUCAGACGAUAUACCUCCGUAUAUUAACAAUAUCUUAUAGCGAGCACAUAUGGUCCAAGAAUCUUGCGUCUUUAUCAGGUUACCAGCUUUUCUGUGCACGGCAUUGUCUUGGUCGACUGUAAGUAUUUCCUUUGACGAAAUAUGGUUACCUCAUACUAAUUUCUUUUUGCUAGCUCCUGCCUUCCACUUGACACUUGAUACUUGCACAGAUGGUGAAUUAUACAAUUUAGUCAUUCGUGGUGGUAAUGAAGGUGGUUUAGACGGUGUUGAUAUUUGGGGAGUCAACAUCUGGGCACAUGACAUUGAAGUCACCAACAAAGAUGAAUGUGUUACAGUCAAGGUACGACAUCUUCUAUUGCCCCCAUCGUCCAAGAAACCCAAUAGUCCGGACUGCAAUUCAACAAUGAGAAACUUUGAAUUCUUGAAUUUAUUUGGGAUAUUCAUAUCAAUUGGAAUAUUGAAAGAAUUUCGAUCAUUGAAACUUACGUGAUCAAAUUUCAUUUCACCGCCAUCGCUCGCCACAAUUAAUCUGUGUAGACAGAAUAAUAGUGGCAAAAUCGAGGCGGUUAGACAAAAAUUAGACUAUUCUGGACUGAGCACCCUACCACUACCUUACUAACUGCUUUGCAGAGUCCCGCCAGCUACAUCCUAGUCGAGAACAUCUUCUGUAACUGGAGCGGAGGAAGUGCGAUUGGAAGUCUUGGUGCUAACACUGGUAUGCUUCAUUUCCCUCCUUGAUUUUAUUCUUCGCCUAACACUUUUCCAAGCGAUCUCCAAUGUCGAAUAUAACCACGUCUACUCUCAAAACUGUAAUCAAAUGAUGUUGAUCAAAUCUAACGGGGGCAACGGUACAUUCUCCGGCGCUACAUUCAAUAAUUUCAUGGGGCACAGUAACGCCUACACCCUCGAUAUCGACACCGCCUGGUCAGGCCAAUCCGUUGUUACCGGCAACGGUGUUACCUACAGCGAUAUUUCAUUUAGCCACUGGCACGGAACCUGCUCAAAUGGUGCAGCUAGAGCUCCCAUCCAAUUACUAUGUCCCUCAGGCAUCCCUUGCAAAGAUAUCACCAUUUCAUCUUACUACAUCUGGACCGAUACAGGAAGUUCCGUGUUAUACAAGUGUAAUAACGCUUAUGGAAGCGGUCCUUGUCUUAAGACUGGUACUACUUAUACUACGUAUACAUCUACCGGAACUGUAACUUCUGUUCCUACCGCGUAAGUUUUUUUCUCUCUCUUGUUCUCUUUCACCAAGACAUACAGCUAACCACCAAUCUAGUUCCUACGCCUACACGACCAUGCCGGGAGAAAUCACCUCAGGUCUAGGUCUCACAGCCAGUAUCGCCAUCCCAACUCAUCCCGCAUCAUACUACCCAGGUAUCGCUCCCUACAGCGCUCUCGCCUAGAUCCUCAUCUUACAUUUUAAUGACUCAUCCGCGGAUAAUCCCUGCGAUAUUGUUCCUUGUUUGUUGGACUUUUGGUUCGAUGUUUGUACAUACCCGGUUUCAUGUUUAUAGUCUUCCAUUUUUGAAAAAUUGUAUAUAUAUCACCAGAAAUUGCGUGUUGCUAGUGUUGUCUGUGGUGGGUUUGUGCGUGCGUGAUGUUUUAUGUAGUAAAUCAAAACUUAUAU